AACAUUAAAUGUGAUUUCUUCGUAAGGCUUGUAAUUUUCCAGUAAGUUGAUUUAUUAGUUAUUUGAAUUUGAAUGGUGAAGAAAAUGUGUCGAAUAAUUGAAUCUUUUAUCAGUAAAUAUGGAGAAACCCAGUAAUAAAAGUAUAAAUGUAACAUUUCCAGAUGCCCAAAGAAUGCAAUGCUGCAUAUAAGAGAAUGAAAUUUGCAAGAAAAAAGGCAUUUAAUAGCGAGAAUCUUUCGAAUCAUGAUCAAUGAGAAGAGAGAAUGGCGGAAGACUAAAAACUAAAUACAAUAUUAUGUAUAUUUAAACAAAAACGAUAUGAUAGUUUUGUCGCGUGAACGUGUAAAUAAUUUUCAUGAGUUUUUCUACGUAAAUAUGACAUGCGUUCAUUGGUAGAUUUUUUGGAGAAUAAAAUAGUCGAAAAAUUACUCAUUUAUAAUUUUAAAAUAAUAUUAAUUAACCUCUUUCUUUGUUGCAACGACAAUUCGGCCAAAAAUUAUUUUUUAAUUAACACAAUGUAUCAUAUUUUUUUACAAUAUAAAAUUGUUAAAAUGAAAGAGUGUCUUGCAGUGUGCAAAGAGAGGCGAGAGAGUUGGUAAAUCACAUGGAAAAUUGAGUAAAUGUUUGGCAAUUUGAAUAUCCGCCAUGGGAAAGUGAUGAUUUUGCAGUUCACAUUUCACAAGCUUUCAUAUCUCUGAACCCCCUUCAAGUUCAAUUUUCUCUUAUCUCCCCACACCACAAAAUCAACGCCAUGGCGAAUAUAUAAGGGCUCGGGCGUGAAUUCUUCUAUUUCGAAUAUUUCAGUUGAAGAGGACACAAAAUGUGGAAAAAGAUACGGAUUUCCUGUUUCUUUGUGCUCACGAUCCAUCUUCUCAGCCCACUCGAAGCGCAAACAAUCCAAGAGAAUUAUCCGGGACUUUUAGAUGAGGCAUUGAGUGAUUUACAGGAAAGUGUUCGCCUGGAUGAAGAGGAGAAGUACCAAGAGUUUCUAUCUUCUCGGCAACAAUCAGGAUUUAUUCCCAUACCCGUAAUCGAUGCCGGGGGUGACGAACCCAUUUAUGCUGAGCUGGACGAGGUGGAGAGGCUGAAGGAGGCGAAAAGUGCUCACUAUUCCUUCAGUGAAUCUGUCCAAGACACCAUAAAUGACCAUGCAAUUGAACGGGUGGAGGAGAGAGAUGGACUGAAGCUCAAGGGCCUUUAUUCCUACAGUGACGGCUUCUUCAAGAGGACAGUUCACUACGAGGCGGAUGAGAAUGGAUAUCGAGUUAUUAAGGAGGAAAUCGAGCCAAUCGGCGACGGACCACAGUACAAUCCGAAGGGAAAGGCCACUGUGGAGACCUCCUUGACCGGACGCUACUCCAUCACGGCGGAGGACAACCCAGGAAAACGCAGGCAUUCAUCAGGCGACCAACUGUGAUGUCAACCCCAUCAAUAAUGCACUCCGACUAUUUGUUAUUCAGGCGGUAUUGGCAUUUAAUGCGACAUUGCAGUGACAUGGGCUAAUGAAUGCAUAUCAUUGAUCUUGAUAUUAAUUGUACUUGAAGU